ACAUUUCUAAGUAGUAUAGUUUAAGACGACAGUUGUAAAAUUUUUAAUUGUCUGUUUUUAUGUCCACGUUUUGAAGACGGUUUACUGCGCCGCGGAGUCUAACGUGUCAUGUUUAAGCGGAUUUCCCCCUUGAUUGGAAGGGCUGUAUCAGCCCAAUGGCUUGUUGUUCCUUCGUACACUUCCUGUCAUGCAAAGCACCUUGCUGCUAAGCAGAAUAAAAGACAUAGCGCUGGUCAGAAGUUUAACCCAAAACCGGCAAAAAUUGAGAAACUGAAAAAGCAGGAAGUGGCGAUCAAACAGUCUAUGACAGUGUCUGAACUUGCUGAAGCUAUGAACAAAGACAUAGAUGAUGUAUAUGAGGCCCUACUGAACACAGCUGUAAAUCCAAAUAAUCUGGAGCCAGACACAGUCUUGGAUGAGAGGUUUCUAAAGGAGGCAAUAAAAAGAUGUGGUAUGAAUUACAAAUGGGCAAAGGUUGAGGAGACCAAUGUCACAGAAAACAAAGACAUUCAGAGACAACCCCCACCAUGUCCUGCUUGUUUAGUAAAUAGGCCUCCAGUUGUAACCAUUAUGGGACAUGUGGAUCAUGGGAAGACCACACUGCUAAACAACUUAAGAAAGAGCCAGAUUGCUGUGCAAGAGGCUGGUGGCAUCACUCAACACAUUGGUGCUUUUUUGGUUAAGCUGGUCUCUGGGGACCUGAUUACAUUUCUGGACACCCCUGGACAUGCUGCAUUUUCAGCUAUGAGGGCCCGUGGAGCACUGGUUACAGACAUUAUAAUUCUAGUUGUUGCAGCUGAUGAUGGAGUGAUGAACCAGACUAUUGAGUCUAUAGAACAUGCCAAGAAAGCUAAAGUGCCUAUAAUUCUAGCAGUGAAUAAAUGUGAUAAGCCUCAAGCAGAUCCCCAGAAGGUGAAACAUGACCUGUUGGCCCAUAAUGUUGUGUGUGAAGAGUUAGGAGGAGAUGUCCAGGCUAUCCACAUGUCUGCUUUAAAGGAAGAAAAUUUGUUGGAACUGACUGAAGCCAUAGUAGCACUUGCUGAGAUGCUGGAACUAAAAGCUGACCCCACAGGUUUAGUAGAAGGAACUGUCAUUGAAAGUCACACAGAUAGGGGUAAAGGACCUGUAACCACAGCAAUAAUAAAACGGGGCACGCUUAAAAAAGGAUGUAUGCUGGUGGCAGGUAAAGCAUGGGGAAAAGUACGCUUGCUUUUUGAUGAGAACAGCCAAACAGUAUCAGAGGCAAAGCCUGGAAUUCCUGUGGAAAUUGUUGGAUGGAAGCAACUACCGUCUGCUGGGGAGGAAAUUCUGGAAGUGGAGUCAGAGCAACGGGCUAGAGAGGUGGUGGAGUGGCGGGCAUGUAUGGAUGAGCAAAACAAGCUAAAGGAGGAUCAGCAAGCUAUUGAGGCCAAGCAGAAGCAGCACCAAGAGAGCUAUCAAAAAGAAAGGGAAAGCCUGGCUCAUCUCAACUGGAAGCAGAGAAAAGCUGCUUUAUACCAAGCUAACAAGCACCACAUGGCCCUCAGAUCCAGUGAGAGAACUGAGACUGAGAAACCCAGUUUACAUCUCAUUGUUAAAGGUGAUGUUGAUGGUUCAGUGGAGGCCAUUAUAAACAUUCUUGGAAGUUAUGAUGCAGAUGAUCAGUGCUCUUUAAAUAUGCUACAUUUUGGUGUUGGAGACAUCUCAGAGAAUGACAUUAACUUGGCUGAGACAUUCGCAGGCACAAUAUAUGGGUUCAAUGUUGCAGCUAAUAAGUCCAUUCAGGAUAUGGCUGAAAAAAAAGGUAUUACUCUAAAAAGUCACAGCGUCAUCUAUCAUUUGAUAGAUGACCUGAAAGAGGAACUUAGCAAUAAACUGCCACCAACCACUGAGGAAAUUAUUCUAGGAGAGGCCUCUGUGCUGGCUACAUUUGAUGUGACAGUAGGAAAGAAGAAAGUCCCUGUGGCUGGCUGUAAAGUCCAGAAGGGUCAGCUGGACAAGAAGAUGAAAUUUAGACUUAUCAGAGGCAAAGAGGUUCUUUGGACAGGAUCUCUGACUGCUCUAAAACAUCAUAAAGAUGAUGUGCAUGUUGUGAAGACUGGUUUGGAGUGUGGUCUGUCUUUGGACAAGUUGAUUGAGUUCAAAGCUGGGGAUAAAAUAAUCUGUUAUGAAGAAAUUAAAAAGCAGCAGAGAAUAUCCUGGGAUCCAUAAAAAUUGCCAACCUACAGUCUUGACAGCUUUGCUGACCUGUCUAAAAAACAGAACUGCAUUCAGUUGAAAACAGUAAAUACAAGCUAUUUAAAGGUUUAACUACUCAACUUUAUUGAAAUGUGUAUCAACCAUCAAUUUUUAAAUGACCAUAUAUACAAAAAAUCUCAAGUAAUAAAGUUGGACCAGGGGCAUAUUUA